AUGAACCUGACUGUAGAGCAACCAAGUAAAAUUAUUGAGCUGAGAGAAAUAAAACUGGAUGAAAGCAAUACCGAAUUAUACUCAUCUGAAAUUUCAUUAAACUUCUAUGGUAUGAACUCAGAUAUGUUUGAAAUUUCAAAAAAGAAAUCAUUGGAGGGAUAUGUGGAGAAUGAAGUACUAAGAGAUGCAAUACAAAUGAAAAUAAAAUCAAGGACUACCCAAGAAGAAUGCUUUGGCUUCAGGACAUACCUGUUAAGCUCUAAGUUCAUAUUGGAAUCUCUCAAAAACGAUAUAAGAGUUGGCAGAUUCAAGGUAGAGGAUGCCUCAGUCAUAGUUUAUUUUGUAACAGUAAAUGAUGCCAUCUCAUUUUAUCAUCAAUAUUUUUCACUAGUCAAAAUGAGCUUUUUGAGAGAAAGAUUGUUUGAGACACUAAUUGAUAACUCAGAAGAACAGUAUAGUACCGGUCAUAAUAACAGGAUGACCAGGAUUCAGUACUGUGCAAAAGUCGAGCAAGUAAGACACUCAGUCUCAUCAGAAAAUAGUUUAAUAUAUGAUUUUAAACCGUUUAUAAGCCAAGUUGAAAAUGAAAAGGAAGAUAAUUCAAACAUGACAGAAGAUGAAUUUUAUUCACGAAUAGAGUUUUUCAAUAGGAUGAAGGGGUUGUACUCGAAGAGUGAAAUUAAGAAACUGAAUACUACUCAGAAGAAUGAAGAAUGCACAACAGAAGAAUAUGAGGGUAGACUAGAUUUGAUUUUUAUGAAUGCCAAAGAACUGGCUGUUGGAUCAAUAACAAAUGUUAUAAUGCAAACAAAAAUAAAGGAAAUGACGGAGGACCAGAUAUGCGAGCUUAUCAGAUGUUUUGGGAAUGACAUAUCGGUGAUAUGUGCAACAAAAUAUGGAGCCUACACCAUUCAAACAUUGAUACUUGCUUGCUCAACUGAAAAAACACAGUCAUUAAUUUGUAAAUACUUUGGCGAAAAUGGAAAAUACUUGUUCUGCCACGAAAUUGGAAACUACAGCAUUCAGAGAAUAUUGCUUUUUAAUGAAAAAUACAUACUUGGGCUUAUAAGGAGCUAUCUAAAAACAAUUAUGGAAAAUAAGCUCGGCAUCAAGGUACUUAAAAGAUGUUUAGGUCUUUUGAAAGACAGAAAUGGCAUGUUGAAGGAUGAGAUCAUGAAAAUUAAAAGCAAAGAAAAUGCCAAAACAUGUGAGGAGAUACUAAAUCUGCUUAAUUAG